AUGCACUCCUAUGGGCAACAACAAUACGGCUCUCCCCAGCAGCAAUAUGGGCAACAAUACGGACAGCAGUAUGGAUCACCUUACGCAGAAGAGCAGUACGGUUCGCCGCAACAAGGACAAUACGGGUCACUCCCGCAACAGCAACAAGGCGGCGGCAACUUCCUCUCGCAAAACGACUUCUUGCAGCGCGUAUCGGCCAUCCGCCAAGACAUCAAGGGUCUGACGACCAGCAUCCAGAACAUCGCGAGCCUGCACCAGCAGGCGCUCGCCAGUGGCGACGACAGGGCGCGGCAGCAGCUGGACGACCUGGUAGCGGCGACGCAGGUCAAGAACACGUCGAUUCGCGGCCAGAUCCAGCAACUCAAGACCGACACGGAGCGCACGUCGGACAGCACCUUCGCGCUGAAGAAGCGGCAGUUCGAGAGCCUCAACUCGGACUUCAAGGACACGAUCCAGAAGUUCCUAGAAGAAGAGCAGCAGUACAAGCAGCGGUUCCGCGAGCAGAUCGCCCGCCAAUACCGCAUCGUCAACCCAAAUGCGACCGAGGAGCAGGUGCAGCAGGCGGCCGACGCCGACUGGGGUGACGAGGGCAUUUUCCAGACUGCUCUCCGAACGAACCGCAGCGGCCACGGCGCGACGGUGCUCGGCAGCGUGCGGGCGCGGCACAACGACAUGAUCAAGAUCGAGAAGUCGAUCCUGCAGCUGCUGGAGCUGCUCGAGAUCCUCAACAACCAGAUCGUGGAGCAGGAAGCCCUGGUCGCCGACGUGGCCACCAAGGCCGAGGAGACGACCCAGCAGCUCGACGGCGCCAACGUCCAGAUCAAGAAGAGCACCGUCAGCGCCCUCCGCGCCCGCAAGCUCAAGUGGUGGUGCCUCGGCAUCUGCGUCCUCAUCGUCAUCAUCAUCGCCCUCGCCGUCGGCCUGUACUUCGGCCUUAACCAGGCGGGGGCCGAUGCUGCGAACAACGGUACCCAGUGA